GGGUGAUAAAGCAUCUUUUAAUUUUUAUGCGUAGUUUUAAAUAUUUAUUAUAUUUUUGUCUACAGGAAUAAUUCAGUCUGGAACUUUCCUAUAGUUUUACAGUGAUGAUUGCUUGUUGAAAAGAGAAGAAAUAACAAUAAAAGAUUUGACUCCGGAAAAGUUUAAUGUGUCAGAUUAUCAGGAAAAGGAAGCAAUUGAUUUCCAAAUCAAAAGGAAAACCAGGUGUCACUGACUGUGUACAUUAUACAGUGAUAAUGUGGCAGGUCUAAAAGAUUUGUAUAAUUCCUGUUUUCUGAGGUCACUCCAGUUCAGAAAAUUAUGUUUAAGGAUUCAAAUGAGUCAACAAGAAUUGCAGGAUGUUUAUAGAAGAGGAUGAAAUAAUUUCCACAGAAAACCUCACAGUUUAUACCACGAAACAUAUGCUUACUGACAGAGUCUAUUUUAGUUUGUGUCACUAAUUACUGACACAAUAACUUAAAUGGAACCAGCAUAUUAGUAGUUUGAUGCUUCCUGAAUGUCAAGAAAAGUAAUAUCGAAGGUCAAACACCUGAAUUUAACAGAAGAUAAUGUAACUCUUCUACCCAGAAUUGCCAUCUUCAUCAGAUUACAUUCUGAUUGAUGUUAAAUGGAAGAGAUUAUUACAUGUUACAAACCAUUUGCUUACUUUGAUUGGAUGCCAGAACAAUGUCAUAAAAAUCUUUACAAAUUUUGAUUGUUUGUGAGGAAGAAGUAUGAAAGGGUUUUGUCUUUUGAUACUACUGUGUUAUGACCAUGCUGCCACCUCAGUUGUCCACACAACACUCAAUCAAAACAAUGAUACAAAGUCUAACGGUCACAUGGUUUAUGAUCCUCAUAAUCAAACGUCACAUGACAACAAAAGUCAUGAGCAUGGAAACAAAACAGGACACAAGGACUCACACACAGGACAUGGGGCUGGACAUGGAAUACAUUUAUUCAGUAUAAAUUACGACCAUGUGGCACAGCCAUUGUUGAUUACGGUCUUUCUGUUUGCUGCAGGAAUAUCCAAGUUAGGUUUUCACCAUGCUGAUUUUCUGUCAUCAAGAGUACCAGAAUCAUGUUUGUUGAUAAUUCUUGGAAUUAUUGUUGGUGCAAUUUUAAAGAACUUUACCAAUCCUGAUGAUAUGCCAGGGAUGAGUUCAGAGUUGUUUUUUCUGUAUCUCUUACCACCGAUUAUUUUAGAAUCAGCAUGGAGCUUACAUGACAGAACGUUUUUUGACAAUGUUGGGACUGUCCUUAUCUAUGCUGUUAUAGGAACUGUGCUAAAUUGUUUCCUUAUAGGUCCAACUUUAUAUGGCUUGGUUAAUAGUGGAGCGAUGGGUGAUAUUAGCAUAGAAAUGAUUGAGUGCCUUGUAUUUAGUUCCAUAAUAGUUGCUGUAGACCCAGUGGCUGUUCUGGCCAUUUUCCAAGAGAUAGGAGUCAAUAAUGUGUUGUAUUUUCUGGUGUUUGGUGAAUCUUUAUUAAACGAUGCUGUGACUGUAGUUAUAUAUAACAUGAUGAAAACUUUUAAUCUGAUGAAACCUGAAAUUCCUGUUUCCGAGGUAUUUUUAGGCAUUGUAAGUUUCUUCGUAGUAAGUUUUGGAGGUAUUGCCAUUGGUGUGGUGUUUGGUAUGAUAACAGCAGUAAUUACCAAAUAUACAGAGCAUGUGAGAGUGAUAGAACCAUUAUCAGUAUUUGUGUUGGCCUACAUGUCAUAUCUAAUGGCUGAACUCUUUCAUUUCUCAGGAAUUAUAAGCCUUAUAGCAUGUGGACUAACACAGGCACAGUAUGCAUUCCACAACAUAUCUACAAAGUCUCAUACAACUGUUAAAUACUUCAGUAAAAUGCAAAGUUCCAUCAGUGAUUGUAUAAUAUUUGUAUUCCUGGGUAUAGCUCUGUUUAAAAAGGGAAUGUUUGAACGUGAGAACUGGAAUCCAUGGUUUAUUAUAUGGACGCUUGUUCUUUGUUUGCUGUAUAGAUUUUUAGUUGUAUUUUUAUUGACUUACUUUGUAAACAAGUCCAACAGAGUCCGAAGAAUUGGUAAAGAUGAACAAUUCAUCAUGGCCUAUGGUGGACUUAGGGGUGCUGUAGCUUUCUCUUUAAUGGAUCUAUUGAAGGCAAAGAAUUUACCCAAAGAAAUGUUUACUACAACGUUAAUGGUUCUUAUUUUCUUCACAGUGUUUGUACAGGGUAUAACAAUAAAGCCUUUGGUGAAACUACUAAGAGUCAAACUUCAGAGUACAGAUAAAAUUACCAUUGGUGAAGAAAUUAAUUCUCAUGUAACAGAUCAUGUGAUGGCUGGUAUAGAAGAAGUGUUAGGACGAAGAGGAGAACAUCAUUUUAGGGAAAUUUUGGAAUUUUACAAUAGUAAAUACCUAAAGAAUUGGUUACAGAGAAACCCAACAUCAACAGAUGAGCAUAUUAUGUCAUUAUAUGAAAAAAUAGCUCUGCAACAACACUUUGAGAGUUUAGCAGGAAGUAGAAUGGUACAGGAAAAGUAUGUAAGUGAAGACAAUUUGCCUCUUAUUCCAGAGGAAAUUACAAAUCAAAUAAUUGAAGAAGAAGAGGAGGAUGAGGUAGGAGAAGAUGACGAAGGAAGUGAAGAAGACUUAGUGCUGCCACCUAUCACAAUUAGAUCACCAUCAAUUGCACAUCCAGUGCCUCCUUUACCCAUGCCACCACCAGAAUUCUCAUCACAGUCACCAAUGCCAUCGCCUAGUGUAUUACCCAUAAUGCAGCCAGAAAUGUUUGAUGACUGGAUUGACAGGAAGUUAGCAGAACAAAGAGAUGAAGAUAGAAAGAAUUUAGAGAAGGUAGGACGAAGAAAGUCAUUAUUUCCACAGUUCAAAAAGAAAGAACAUCAAAAAGAUAUGGAACCUACUGCCAAAGAUGUCCGUAAAUUAAUGGCUCCUUCCAGGAGAGAUCUGGUGCAUAAAAAGUUAGAUAAGAAUUUGAAGAAUGACAGUAGUGCAGACUUGUUGAAAUAUCUGCAAGAAAAACAACUCAGGACACGGCGAAUGUCUCGUGCAGUCUUAGGUGGAGGAACCUCAACACCUAUGGGAUCACAAACAAAUGUUUCUUUCCAACCAAGAAGGGUUAGUAUUGUAGCUGCAAAUGCAGCAGCUCAAAAUUACAAACGUAGACUAAGUUUGGCUGUCCCUGAUCGUCCAAAAUUUCAACGAGAUCGUAGUCCUUCAGAUUUCACUGGUGUCAAGCCAGAUCAUAAUUUAUUUAGAGGCUAUGGUGAUGCAUCUAAAGACCCAGAUACAUCGUCACCAAGAAGGAAAAGAAAGGGUUUCAAAAAAGCUGCUACACUUAAUUUUGAGCCAGAAGUUACACCUCUUAUCAACCAGAAUGCUGGGAAAUCUCCGUCCAGAAUAUCAGGAGCAUCAGGGAGAAGUAUCAAUGCUAUACAGGAACAUGAAGGAGAAGAUAGUGAAGAAUUAGAUACAUCCAAAAGUUCAGCCUCUUCUGAUUCAGUGGCAAAGAAAAGACGAUUUAGAUUGAGAAAGUCAAAAACAUUAUGUGAAGAAGAUAAGGAGGAUUCUUCCCAUGUAAAACGAUCACAAACGGACCCUACUUCAGAAACAAAAAGUCCAACUAAAGUCAAAUUUGAUGUUAAAUCAGAAGUUUUUUCUAAAAAACGAAAGAAAAAACCUAUGCACAAAUCUAAAUCUCUUGAUCAGUCCCGUAGCUCAGGAGAGUUCUCGGAUAUUUCAGGAGCUGAAUCUCAUAGUUCAAUAAAGUCUGAUUCUGAUUCAAGAUCUGCUGAAUUAAGAUCUGUAAAGUCUAAACCCGAGGAUAGGAAAUUAGAUUUGGCAGAUAGUAAUGGCCUGAAUGUGGACGAGGAACAUGCUGGAAGAAAGGCCUCAUAUACACAAGCAAUGUCAAAUAAAAUUCCAGAAGAUGAAUCAGUUGAAUUAAAAGACUUGAAAGAUGAUAAAAAACUUACAAAGCAAAAAAGCCUUUGAUGUUGUUGAAAAUUUAGGAAUCUCAUUUUGUGCACAAAAAAUACUUUCUGAUUCUGUGUUAUUUUUAAUCCUUUUUAUUAUUGUUUUAUGUUUUGAAUUUCAUAUCUGAGGAAAUAAGAUUGGAAUAUUUUAUCAUGCCGGUGAUAUUUUAAAUGAUUCCAAGUAGUUUGUAUUAGAAAUUUUAUUAUUAACAAUUAUGAUUAGCACAGAAUGUUAGCAUUAUUUAUAUUUAAAAGAAUCUUAGAAACAAUUAUUAAAUCCAUCAUAAUAACUACAUGUGAUCAAAUAUUGUUUAUUCUUUCUUUAUAUCAGAUUUUUCCUGACACAAACACAAUUUCUAAUAUGUAUAAAGUGCAAUAAUUUGUACUUAAAAAGUUAGUGUGAGUUGUUGAAGAUAGUGGAUUUCUGUAAAUGAUGGAAAAAAGAGUUUUUGAGGUGUGAAUAUGGUUUUUAUGAUUCACAUAUCAGUUUAUGACAAAUGUUUUGUUAAAUGUGGUCUUGUUUUAAUGCAUUUAAUAGCAAUUUUUAUUACACUUUUUUUAGUUUAUUCAUUUUCUUCAAUUGCACAGGUACUAACUUUCACUGUACAUGUCUAUUUCAUUCAGGUUCAAUUAUAGUUUAGUGUAUGUUGACCUAUUUUAAGUUUUUUAUUACUUUGGAACAAUGUGAACUCAAUUAACAAAUUAUUGAAAGUGAGUAUUCGUAAUGAAUAUCAGAGAGUUGGCCAGGUUAAAUAAUUAAAAAAGAACACUUUUUUUUAAAACGGACAUUGUAGGAAAAUAUAAAAUGUAUUUGUACUCAAUAUGAAACAGGAGAAAGCUCAGUGAGUCUUUUCUCUCUGUUUCUAAAGCUCGUACAAAUAAAUUUUAUAUUUUUUCCUUCAGUGUAAAAAUAUUGUAUAUAUGUCUGUUUAAAUAAGUUAAAGAAAACUGAGUUUGUAUCA